AUGAGUUAUAUUCCUAUACUACUAUCCUUUCGUGGCGACUACUGCUAUGCGGAAGAGCCUUACGACUGGCUUCAGCAAUUCAAAGCUGUCCUACCCAAAGAUUGGAAAGAUGAGUCAAAAAUAGACCGUUUUCACUUACAGUGCAAAGCUGGCAGCAUCGUGGAUUUUUGGAUUGAAACCCUACCAGCAAUGCAGAAGACAACCUGGAAGGCAUUUGAAGCUGCAUUUGUUGAACGUUGGCUGCUUUCCAUGUCCCAAACACAUACUCCCGCACCUCCAGUUGCUCCCGCACUCAUGAUCAUUGCAACACUCAUGAACGGCUCCGUUGUACUACCACCUAGCAUCCAGCCACUCUCACCUAGCAUCCAGCCACUCUCACCUGCACCUGCUGCAGAACCCACGAGCCCAUUGACACUGAGCAUCCAUUGUCAAGCCACGCCAGCAAGUGCCAAUGGUGUUGAACAACAAACGCACGAUACCUUCGUCGAGGAACACGAGAAAAGUGGAGAGGAUGAGAAGCAGAAGGAAGGAGGAGAAAUGAAGGAAAGAGACGCAAAGGCCUCAGCACACCUCCAUGGCCAGCACCCACCUCCACCAGCAUGGAAUGCAAACACUACAUCAUCCACGUCUGAACAGGUGCCCACCACGAAGUCCUCCAGCCCAUGGUCAAGCUUACGACAGAGACGACAACACUAUUCGAAGCCACCAUAUUCAACUCGACAAUCAAUAUAUGAUCGCACCACUCACAGCUCUCAUUCUCGCACAUGGCAGCAUCCACGCUUGCGACGUGCACAUCACCCAUUCCAAUCCAGCACGAUUCCUUUCAACCCUUGUCCUCAACCACUAGUGCAUUUCACGACAUACCAAUUUCAUUCCUUGCCGUUUCAGUCUGCAUUCACAACAGAUCAUUGUCUCAAACCACCGUCUCGCCGGCCUGUUCUUUUGCGACCCAGGAGUGUCGCAUUUUAG